AUGGAUUUGAUAAAGAAGGCCAUAUGGGGCCCUGACCCCAAAGAACAGAUGAGAAAAUGCCAGGCUCUCAUAAGAAAAAACAAACGACAAGUUGAUAGAUCCAUCCAAGACCUCAAGCCCAUCUCCAAGAAAACACAAUCGUUGAUUAAACAGGCGGUGAAGAACAAAGAUCUCAAGACUGCGAGGUUGUAUGCAAGGGAGUAUAAAAACAUCGAGAAACAAGAGAGAAACCUUUAUUCUUCACGUGCAAUCAUAGACUCCAUAGGAAUGCAAUUGAACGAGCAGCAGCAGUUGUUAAAGCUGCAAGGAACAUUGGGACAAUCAGCUGGGAUAAUGAAGGAUGUGAAUUCGCUGGUUAGUCUGGGGAGUUUUAACCACAAUGCCCAAGAGUUGCAGAAGGAACUGAUGAAGUCAGGUAUAGUGGAAGAAAUGGUUAAUGACAUGAUGGAUAUGGACACUGAGGUCUAUGAGGAUGAAGAUGAGGAGGAGGAAAUCAACAAGAUCCUGGAAGCAUUUACCAAAGACAAAGAGGAGCCUUCUAAGGUGUCCACACCUGUUUCGAACAUCGAUCUGCCAAAUGCGGUCAACUCACCGGUUCUAGAGUCGCAGACUGAUGACGAUAAGAUGUUGGUGGAUAUGAGAGAGCGGCUGAGGGCUUUGCAGGAAUAA